AAAAAACUGUUAUACAUACUCUGUAGCAAAAUCUUAAUACUACAAACCAGCGAGAAAGGCAUACUCUCAAAUAUUGAUAGUAUUUGUCCAUAACCGAUCAAGAGGAUGGAUGGUAUAAUCAUUAAUAAAUACGCAUAGUUCAUGUUCCGGUUGCGAGGGAUGGGCCUGUACACGAACGAGAUAAUGUCCCAACAUCUGCCCGGCAGAGGGGAUGGUGACCACGAGCAGUUCCUGAUUGCCUGCCUGAUGAAGGGGGACGAAAUACGGCGCAACGAAACCGGCGUUCUGGAUAAAUAUAAAAGUUUUCUUUGUGAUCUAAAACGGCCUCAGUUCGGUGGCAGAUUCACCCGCCAUGGUCGCGUAGUUGUUGUGUUGAACGCAGAAGGGCAGCAUACACACGGAGAGGCGAGGUUGCUCGAUUUCGACGGAGAACUUCGUCACCUGUUUGGGACUGAGUGUCGACAACGAAGAAAGUUACGAUUACCUGGAGGCUAUGUCAAAUGACUUUGUCAAAGAAUUCGGGUAUAACGAGCAAGCGUACCUCAUGAUGUUCAGCCACUACGUGCCUUGUACCCUUGCAUCUCAUCAGUGCGCCUCUCUGAUAGGUCAAUACGCCGCGAAAAGGGAGCAUAGGGUCGUCGUUGGUUACAAAGAUAUUUUUGAAGACGAUCAAGAAGCCAGUGACGAAAGAAAAUCUAAAAAAGUGAUGAAGAAAAAGGGAGCGUUGGUUAUCUUUCCCGAAACUCUUGGCACAAUAGCAAGAAAGCUUGGAUUUGGGUUUAACAAUUAAGAACCACGGAAAACACUGCACUUGUUACAUGAUCCGAACAUUGGCAUAGACAUCGGCUUAAGUCUGUAGUUAGAUAGAAGUUGGAUAGAACGUUGAACUUGUUGUCGUUUAGGUCUGUAGUUAGACAGAGAUGGGCUAUACUUUUAAACCUGUUCUCUUUUCUGAAACCUUUGCCACAACAUUGGCUUAUAGAUAAUGUGAAGAUGCAAUGUGCUCAGUAAGGCGAUCGCAAAAAUGCAUUUCAUUGGUUCAUGAGUUGUCGCCAAGACCCGUCAUCAUGAUUUGUUGUUGGGUUUACCUUUCCUUAUUGUUGUUGCUAUUCAAAAUAUUUGAUCUUAGUAAGAUAGCUGCCAGUUAAUGGCAUCAGAAAAAUAAAAUUACGUUUCUGUGGUGAAAUAUAAACCACUUAGUAAUGUAAUAAUUUCUAUUAUUAAGUAUUACUCUUUUAAGUGUGAUGCUCUGACGUAAAUGUUUAAAUACACUCAUGUGUGUUUUUGAUAAAUCCUUGAACAUGAGGACUGGCAUGCCAAUAAAUCGGAUUCAACCACAAA